GUGUAUCACUGUUUGGGGGGCUUUAAUCAAUUUUUAAACGAUUAUUAGCACUUCUCCCUCCCCCCCUCCGCUUUCCCCACGCGGCCCCCCACCUUCACCUCCCCAAGUUCUUCACCCCUUUCAACAUUGUUUUUUCAAGGCUGACUGGGGGGGGGUGGAAGAGAAAGAGUGAAGAAAAGUUGCAAACGUCUCCUCUCUUUCUAAGCUUCCCGCCCCCACCCACCCCUCAGAGAAGGAGAAGAUAAUAUAGUGAAAAGAAGAGGAGGAGAGCGCGACGGGACGGACGCGAGCUGGAGCGCAGCCGCCCUCCCGGCUCCGCGGCGGCGCCUCUCAAGCCGGGCAGGCGAGGGGGGCCCGAGGGGAGACGCCGUGACAACUUUCAUUUCUCCCGGAGGGAGUCAGGAGGUCGGCGGCCCCAAAAAACAAGAUAUGAGUUAUCCAUCUUAACAGAUGAGGAAACUAAGACCUUAGUCUAAGUAAUUUAUACAGAUCCCAAAGCAAGUAAGAAGUGGUGCUGGACUUGGAGCCGAGAUCUUCUGAUUCAUUUUCAGGAUUUUUAGUCCAGUGUAAAGCUGUUGGAGUGAGGAGCAAAGGUAAAGAAUGAUGUAAUGCAUUGGCUGUCCCAAAGCAUCUUUUGUUGUGGAAUGGUUAUUCCAGUCAUCUCUUUAUGAAUCAGAUGUGAGGGGCUGCUUUGUGGAAGGAGUCCUUUGCAAGAACACAUCAACGGGGAAAGAGAAAGGGACAUUCACUUGGAGGGCUCUUGCUGAAAAUGGGUUUAACUCUCCUUUUGCCAGUCACCACCAGCCUGACCUCAUACAUUUUUAGUACAAUGGAGUGGCUGAGCCUUUGAGUACACCACCAUUACAUCAUCGUGGCAAAUUAAAGAAGGAGGUGGGAAAAGAAGACUUAUUGUUGUCAUGGCCCAUGAGAUGAUUGGAACUCAAAUUGUUACUGAGAGGUUGGUGGCUCUGCUGGAAAGUGGAACGGAGAAAGUGCUGCUAAUUGAUAGCCGGCCAUUUGUGGAAUACAAUACAUCCCACAUUUUAGAAGCCAUUAAUAUCAACUGCUCCAAGCUUAUGAAGCGAAGGUUGCAACAGGACAAAGUGUUAAUUACAGAACUCAUCCAGCAUUCGGCAAAACAUAAGGUUGAUAUCGAUUGCAGUCAGAAGGUUGUAGUUUACGAUCAAAGCUCCCAAGAUGUUGCCUCUCUGUCUUCAGACUGUUUUCUCACUGUACUUCUGGGUAAACUGGAGAAGAGCUUCAGCUCCGUUCACCUGCUUGCAGGUGGGUUUGCAGAGUUCUCCCGUUGUUUCCCUGGCCUCUGUGAAGGAAAAUCUGCUCUAGUCCCUACCUGCAUCUCUCAGCCUUGCCUACCUGUUGCCAACAUCGGGCCAACCCGAAUUCUCCCCAAUCUUUAUCUUGGCUGCCAGCGAGAUGUCCUUAACAAGGAGCUGAUGCAGCAGAAUGGGAUUGGUUAUGUGUUAAAUGCCAGCAAUACCUGUCCUAAGCCCGACUUUAUCCCCGAGUCUCACUUCCUGCGAGUGCCUGUGAAUGACAGCUUUUGUGAGAAGAUUUUGCCAUGGUUGGACAAAUCAGUGGAUUUCAUUGAGAAAGCCAAGGCCUCCAACGGGCGUGUCCUGGUGCACUGCUUAGCGGGCAUCUCUCGCUCAGCCACCAUCGCCAUCGCCUACAUCAUGAAGAGGAUGGACAUGUCCUUAGACGAAGCUUACAGAUUUGUGAAAGAAAAAAGGCCUACCAUCUCUCCAAACUUCAAUUUUCUGGGCCAACUCCUGGACUACGAGAAGAAGAUUAAGAACCCGACUGGCGCAUCAGGGCCAAAGAGCAAACUCAAGCUGCUGCACCUGGAGAAGCCAAACGAACCUGGCCCCGUGGUCUCCGAGGGUGGACAGAAGAGUGCGAUGUGCCUCGGUCCACCCUGGGCCAACUCUGCUACCUCAGAGGCGGCAGGGCAAGGGCCCGCGCCCCCGGCCAGCGCGCCCAGCACGCAGCCCUCGCUGGUGGAGGACGGGCCGCUGGUCCAGGCACUCAGCGGGCUCCACCUGCCCUCGGGCAAGCUCGAAGACAGCAGUAAGCUCAAGCGCUCCUUCUCUCUGGACAUCAAAUCCGUCUCGUACUCAGGCAGCGUGGCGGCCUCCUUGCAUGGUUUCUCCUCCUCAGAAGACACUCUGGAAUACUACAAACCUUCCACAACUCUGGAGGGGACCGGCAAGCUCUGCCAGUUCUCCCCGGUUGAGGAAGUAUCGGAGCAGAGCCCGGAAAGCAGCCCAGGUAAGGAGGAAGCCAACGUCCCCAAGAAGCCUCAGCCAGCCAGGCCUUCCGACGGCCAGGGCAAGCGAGUGCACUCAGUUCGACCCGGCGUCAGCGGGACCGGCCCCCGGCCCCUCUGCUCGCCGCUGCACCGGAGCGGGAGCGUGGAGGACAACUGCCGUCCCAGCUUCUUUCUUGGCCUGGCCACCAGCCAGCAACCCCUCGCCAAGUCUGCCGCCGGCCUGGGCCUCAAGGGCUGGCACUCGGAUAUCUUGGCUCCCCAGACCUCUGCCCCUUCCUUGACCAACAGUUGGUAUUUUGCCACGGAGCCCUCUCACUUCUACUCGGCCUCGGCCGUCUACGGGGGCAGCGCCAGCUACUCGGCCUACAGCUGCAGCCAGCUGCCCACCUGCGGCGACCAGGGCUACUCCGUGCGCAGGCGGCAGAAGCCAAGUGACCGAGCCGACUCCCGGCGGAGCUGGCACGAAGAGAGCCCCUUCGAAAAGCAGUUCAAACGCAGAAGCUGCCAGAUGGAAUUUGGCGAGAGCAUCAUGUCAGAGAACAGGUCGCGGGAAGAACUGGGCAAAGUGGGCAGCCAGUCCAGCUUUUCAGGCAGCAUGGAAAUCAUUGAGGUCUCCUGAGGAGGAAGACACUUGGGACUUCUAUGGACAAUAUUUCUCUUGUUCAGAAAAAAAAAAUUCCCUGUAAAUCUGAAAUAUAUAUAUGUACAUACAUAUAUAUUUUUGGAAAAAGGAGCUAUGGUGUAAAAGCAAAAAGAUGGAUCAACACA